AUGUCCCAUGCUCGAACCGUUAGCACAAGAAAAAGCGAAUUUAACCUUUGUGCUGUGAACGGCCGGCAGAUCGUCCAUAAUGAUAGCAGUAUCUGGCCUUGGCAAACUUAUAUGUCAUCCAACAUCACGCCGCCAUACCUCCAGAUCAAUCGCAGCAGUGAAGAACUAGCACCUGGCCUGCUCUUCAUUGGCCCGGAGAAUGAGGGUGCUCAGGCUGGUGUCAAGGAGGUAGCUCCCUUCAUCCUGACCGACGAGAGUGAGCUAGUGUGGGGUGGUCCGGAGGGCGACUCGUCCAACUUCCGGCAGCAGUUCUGGGGUGACAAAUCUGUUAUCACUUUCUGGGUUGGCACAGGAAAGGCUGCAUAUGGCGCUGAUGUUGGCCGGGGCUGGGGCGAGGUGCAGAUUUACGAUGAAAGCUAUCGGCAGAUCAAAUCGGUGUGCUUACAGCUAAAUUUGACAUUGCCGGAAGGAACAACAACUGACUGUGAUGCCGAUGUCCACGAGUCAUUUAUCACGGACGACAACACUAUUCUGUUGACAGCAUAUAAUGUCAGUCGAGCCGAUCUGUCCUCGCUGGGAGGCCCAAGCGACGGGUGGGUAUAUGACUCGAUUGCAGUCGAGGUUGACUUAGAAACUAAUGAAGCGGUGUUCAUCUGGAGUCCCCUCGCGCAUCUAUCUGUGGAUGCGACCCAUGUGCCGUAUACCGGCUCCAACUCGUCUUCACCCUUUGACUGGUUUCAUAUGAACUCUAUCCAGAAGUACGGAGAUUACUAUCUCAUUAAUUCGCGCCAUCUGUGGCAAACAUACCUGGUGAAUCGCCAGGGGGACAUUAUAUGGUAUAUCGAUGGCCAUGAUGGCGGAGACUUUGGGGGUCUACCUAAAAAUGGUCAAUUUGUAAGGCAUCUGAAAUCCUAUUGCCUUGGUACCUUAUUUCUCACUCUUUCACAGUCAUGGCAACAUAUGGCACGGAUCCACAAUAUAUCUUCCACUCAGGCCUUACUGAGCUACUUUGCCAAUGAUCUUGACACGGCUAAUGGCACCGUCCCAUCCAAAGGCCUGACCUUACGCUUGACACUCCCACCGAGUCCUGACCACCCGCCCGAGGUCAUCACAGACUUCUGGGAUCAUGAAAACCCAGUCUCGUCGGCUGCUGAGGGGGCGUUCUUUCCGCUUACAAACGGAAAUACUCUAAUGGGAUACGGCGACCAGCCGUAUAUCAAAGAAUACGGACCUUCAGGCAAGCUGCUUUGGUCGGCGCAGUUUGCUGAUUACAAUCUCGGGCAGAGCUACCGGGCAUACAAGCAGGAGUGGCAUGCAACGCCAAGCACCCAGCCGAGUUUGGUGGUUACAAGUAUCUCUGCGGAAGACGAUCUGAGUGAGUGCGCCAGUUUAUCAUCCCCACUACGUGGGUAUGUAAGUUGGAAUGGGGCGACCGAUGUCACUCUGUACGAGGUAUAUGCAGGGGCAGAUAUCAAGAGCCUUCGAUCUCUAGGAAAGGUUGAGAGGAAAGGGUUUGAGACGAAAUUCUCGUUACCUGUCGGAUCGCAUGUGGUUCAGGUGGCUGCAGUUACAGAUGGUGAAGCCAAAAGGUCAGAGGUCAUUUAUGUAUGA